UCUGGAGGGCCAGGAACAAACAGGCUUCAAAGCCGGGGGCUUGGCUYGCAAACAGGGGACCCGGCCCUUCACUUCUGUCCCCUCUCCCUGUGGGACACAUAUAAGACCCUGGUCCCAACUGCGAGGUGAGGAGAGGAGAAGGCCUGCAGCAAGAUGGAUGCAGGCGGCAAGGAGGUCUUGAUGGAGAGCCCACCGGACUACUCAGCAGGCCCCCGGGGCCAGUUCCGCAUCCCCUGCUGCCCAGUGAACCUCAAGCGCCUUCUCAUCGUGGUUGUGGUGGUGGUCCUUGUCGUUGUGGUGAUUGUAGGGGCCCUGCUUAUGGGUCUUCACAUGAGCCAGAAACAUACUGAGAUGGUCCUYGAGAUGAGCAUUGGGGCACCAGAAGCCCAGCAACGCCUGGCCCUGAGUAAGCAUGCGGGUACCACUGCCACCUUCUCCAUCGGCUCCACUGGCAUCAUCGUGUAUGACUACCAGCGGCUCCUGACUGCCUAUAAGCCAGCCCCAGGAACCUACUGCUACAUCAUGAAGAUGGCUCCAGAUAACAUCCCCAGUCUUGAGGCUCUCACUAGAAAGUUCCAGAAUCUACAGGCCAAACCUGCAAACCCUAAGCUGGGCCAGGAGGAGGGGCAUGAGGGAGGCUCUGCUUCCUCAGGAGGAGACCUGGCCUUCCUGGGCCUGGCGGUGAGCACCCUGUGUGGAGAGGUGCCUCUCUACUAUAUCUAGGACUUCCAGGUGAGCA